AUGCCAAGACUACAAAAAGUGCCUCGGAAGGUUCCAGGCUGCACGUCACCUGCUCAGGCGACAGCUCGCUUGACGCGACGCGCCGGAUCCAGGCACCGUCCGAAGUUGGUAGUCUUGAUCGAGGACAAAGAGAACUGCGCGCCUGGUUCGCAGAAAGCUGUCCGACUCUACGGGGGCACACCACAGUCUGUCGACCGCCUUAUCCGACCAUUCAAAUGUCCCGGCUCUGCAACGCCUACGCGAGCUUCUGAGAAGCCCGCAAGGAAGCGGCGUAAGAUCAGCUACGCAGAUGCGGAUGGCAGCACGGAAGACGGGGACAAGCCGUACUCGAACGAGGACCGUCUGGCCCUUGCAACCCGAGAUGUUAACAGGUUUCCAAUCUUCAAGGUCAAGGACAAGGAGACGACCUUCCGCGCACGGUUCGCCGUACCUCUGAUCAACAAGGACACCGGCGCCUACAAUGCGUUCCGGCCGGCGCCACUUCUGGGAAUGCGACAAGGAGCCGUGUUUGUAGCAAAGCCCUUGCACGACCCCAGUGGAGAGUUUGCAAUCGUCCUCUACGAUCCGACAGUCGAUGACAAGCCGGCAGCGAAGGGAGACGCAGAGCAGAAGGCGGACGAUGAGAUGAAGGACAAGCCAAAGCUUGACGAGCCGAUAAUGCAUAAGAGCUUGGCUGACAUACUCGGGCUGAAGAAAAAGGUUGAGGACCGGCCCCGGGUCCCUGUCGUGAUUGAUCCUAGAUUGGCAAAGGUUCUCCGCCCGCAUCAGAUUGAGGGCGUCAAGUUCCUGUACCGUGCCACCACCGGCUUGAUCGACCCGAAGGCGAACGGUUGCAUCAUGGCAGACGAGAUGGGCCUGGGCAAGACUCUCCAGUGCAUUGCCUUGAUGUGGACGCUGUUGAAGCAAUCGCCUGAUGCUGGCAAAUCGACCAUACAGAAGUGCGUCAUCGCUUGUCCAUCCAGUUUGGUCAGGAACUGGGCAAACGAGCUCGUCAAGUGGCUCGGUAAAGAUGCGGUCAACCCGUUCGCCAUAGAUGGCAAGGCUACGAAAGAAGAGUUGACGCAGCAGCUGAGGCAGUGGUCCAUCGCCAGCGGCAGAGCCGUCACUAGGCCUGUCCUUAUCGUCUCUUAUGAGACCCUACGGCUGAAUUGUGAAGAACUUCGCAACACACCCAUCGGGCUACUGCUGUGUGACGAAGGCCAUCGCCUCAAGAACGGUGAGAGUCAAACUUUCACUGCAUUGAAUGGAUUGAACGUCCAGAAGCGUGUCAUCCUUUCCGGUACACCCAUUCAGAACGACCUUUCCGAGUACUUCUCGCUUCUCAACUUCGCCAAUCCAGACUAUCUAGGGACGCGUAAUGACUUCCGCAAGAAGUACGAGCUUCCCAUUCUUCGCGGCCGAGACGCGGCUGGCACGGAUACCGACCGCAAGAAGGGUGAUGAGUGUCUGAAGGAGCUGCUCACGCUUGUCAACAAGUUUAUUAUCCGACGCACCAACGAUAUCCUCUCCAAAUACCUGCCGGUCAAGUACGAACAUGUCGUCUUCUGCAACCUGGCCCCCUUCCAAACCGACCUUUACAACCACUUCAUCAAGUCACCAGACAUCAAGCUACUUCUACGCGGCAAGGGCAGUCAGCCUUUGAAGGCUAUCGGCAUGCUGAAGAAGCUCUGCAACCAUCCUGACCUGCUUGAUCUGCCGGCUGACCUGCCAGGCUGCGAGGAAUCCUACCCAGCAGACUUUGUGCCCAAGGAUGCCCGUGGCCGCGACAGGGACGUCAAGCCGUGGUACUCCGGCAAGAUGUUAGUGCUCGACCGCAUGCUCGCGCGAAUCCGCCAAGACACGAACGACAAGAUCGUCCUCAUCAGCAACUACACGCAGACGCUAGACGUCUUCGACAAGCUCUGCCGGUCUCGCGGCUACGGCUGUCUCCGCCUUGACGGCACCAUGAACGUCAACAAGCGCCAGAAGCUCGUGGACAAAUUCAACGACCCGGAGGGUCAGGAGUUCGUCUUCCUGCUCUCCAGCAAGGCCGGCGGCUGCGGCCUCAACCUCAUCGGCGCCAACCGUCUCGUCCUUUUCGAUCCGGACUGGAAUCCCGCUGCCGACCAGCAGGCCCUUGCUCGUGUGUGGCGUGACGGCCAGAAAAAGGACUGUUUUGUGUACCGCUUCAUCGCGACCGGCACGAUCGAGGAGAAGAUCUUCCAGCGCCAGUCGCAUAAGCAGUCGCUCUCGUCGUGCGUUGUUGAUUCCGCUGAGGAUGUCGAGCGCCACUUCUCGCUCGACUCGCUGCGAGAGUUGUUUCAGUACCGUCCUGGCACAACCAGCGACACGCAUGACACGUUCAAGUGUAAGAGGUGCAAGUCGGACGGGAGACAGCAUAUUAAGGCCCCGGCUAUGCUGUAUGGAGACACAAGCACGUGGAAUCACUUUGUUAAUGACGGGGAGAGUGGGCCGUUGGGGAAGAUCCAGGAUCUGUUACUUAGACAGGAGACGAGUGAGAAGGAUGUUAGCGCUGUGUUUCAGUAUAUUAGCCAUUGA